UCUCGUGCACAUUAUUCUAUGAACCUCCUGCUCCAGCGAGAGCUUUUUAAACUAAACCCCUCACUCUCCUUCCUCCAUUUGGCGGCAAUCGAAACCCUAGAUUUGUCCCUCGAGCUUCAGCAAUGGCGUUCUGGUGGCCGCUGCUCGUCGCCGGCAUCGCCUUCGCGAUCUGCAAGCUCCUCUUCAUGCUCAUCCCUCCCAAUGUCCCCUCGAUCGAAGUCGAUGCUUCCGAUGUGUUGGAGGAUGGCAGCCAGACUAAGGAGAAUAGCUACAUUUAUAUACCGAGGAAGGGGAAGUCGGCGCAGACUGACAAGGUUCAGUGUUAUGAGCCUGCCACUAUGAAGUACUUGGGAUAUUUUCCAGCGUUGACCCCUGACGAGGUCAAGGAGCAUGUGGCACAGGCUAGGAAGGCACAAAAAACAUGGGCAAAGAGUAGCUUCCGUCAAAGGCGCCAAUUUUUGCGAAUACUUCUUAAGUAUAUAAUAGAACAUCAAGAGCUUAUAUGCGAAAUAUCAUCCCGGGACACUGGAAAGACAAUGGUUGAUGCUUCUCUGGGAGAAAUAAUGACUACUUGCGAGAAGAUUACUUGGCUUCUGGAUGAAGGCGAAAAGUGGUUAAAGCCUGAAUACAGAUGUAGUGGAAGAUCAAUGCUGCACAAGAGAGCAAAAGUUGAGUUCUAUCCGCUUGGAGUGAUUGGGGCAAUUGUUUCCUGGAACUAUCCAUUUCAUAACAUUUUUAACCCAAUGCUAGCUGCAGUAUUUUCAGGAAAUGCUGCAGUGAUUAAGGUCUCAGAGCAUGCUAGUUGGUCAGGAUGCUUUUAUUUAAGAAUUAUUCAAGCUGCUUUGGCUGCUGUUGGAGCCCCAGACAACCUGGUUCAUGUGAUAACAGGGUUUGCAGAAACAGGACAAGCUCUUGUAUCGUCAGUUGACAAAAUCAUUUUUGUUGGAUCACCUGGUGUGGGGAAAAUGAUAAUGCGGAAGGCCUCAGAGACAUUGAUACCUGUAACACUUGAACUUGGCGGUAAAGAUGCUUUUAUUGUCUGUGAGGAUGUAGAUGUGCCCCACGUAGUUCAAAUUGCAACUAGAGCUGCUCUCCAGUCUAGCGGACAAAACUGUGCUGGUGCUGAGAGGUUUUAUGUUCAUAAGGACGUUUAUUCUACUUUUGUUGCUCAGAUAGUCAAACUUGUAAUCCUUAUGGUACAUGGACCCCCGUCAGCCGGAAAGUAUGAUAUGGGUGCCAUCUGUAUGCAAGAACAUGCUGAUAAACUUCAGAAUCUCGUUAAUGAUGCUUUGGAGAAAGGGGCAGAAAUCGCUGGCAGAGGAAGCUUUGGUCAUUUGGGGGAGGAUGCUGUUGACCAGUUCUUUCCUCCGACUGUCUUAGUGAAUGUUAAUCAUACUAUGAAACUGAUGCAAGAAGAGGCCUUUGGACCAAUUAUCCCAAUAAUGAAAUUCAGUGAUGAUGAAGAGGUUAUAAAACUUGCAAAUGACUCGAAUUAUGGACUUGGAUGUGCUGUGUUUUCUGGCAGCCAAAAGCGAGCCAUAGCGAUAGCUUCCCAGUUGCAUUGUGGGGUUGCGGCAAUUAAUGAUUUUGCAUCGACUUACAUGUGUCAGUCCUUGCCAUUUGGCGGUGUUAAACACAGUGGAUUUGGAAGAUUUGCUGGAGUUGAAGGGUUGCGGUCUUGCUGUCUAGUGAAGUCAGUGGUUGAGGACAGAUUCUGGCCUUACAUCAAAACAGUUAUCCCGAAGCCCAUCCAGUAUCCUAUUGCAGAGAAUGGCUUCGAGUUUCAGGAGUCACUUGUUGAACUUCUGUAUGGAAUGAAUGUGUGGGACAGGCUUAGAGCUGUGGUCAAUGUAUUAAAGAUCAUCACAGAAAAGAACGGUACUCCCAUCACCGAGAAGAAAAGGCGCAACUAGAAUUUACGCCGUAGAUUUCUUCGCUGCCUCCGUGAAUUUGGUUUCAUGGGGAACUCGGGAUCUUAAAUAUUUUGUCAAAUUUCCUGGUUUUGUACCAAGGGCUAAUAGGUCUCUGUGCCUGAAAAUUGCGGAGAGGAUGAAAUUAAGAGGAAAUGAUGUGAUAUCUUCGCAAUGUUAAGCUUCCAUACAUUGAUAAUGUAAGUUUUGUUCUUGUGGUGCUGUAUAUUUGACUUGGCUACUGAGUUUUACCACUUUGGGUAUCAGUUUCUGCAGGUAUCUAGUUAUUUUUAGGAGCUUUUUGGCACACAAAGCCUUGCAACUGUAAUUCUAAUCUGGAAGUUAUUAUGAAGUCUUUUCCAUAAA